AUGACCAUCGGCGUGGCUAAAUCUUCCGACGAGGACUUUUUGGCAAGUGGCUCGAUUUCGUUAUGAAAUUGCAAAAAAAAAUCACUCUCACCCCCGCCACUUAAUGAUUCAAGGAGCAAAAGCAGAGCAGUCACUUCUGCAUGAUGUAUCAUUCCCGUGCCGCCUCAUGUUAUAUUCGGAGUGCUCUUCCUGCAGUUUAUCGAUUUCAGGCAAGGCAGUCCUGCUCAAGGCCAACAGGGGCAGCUGAUGCGCAAACACUAUUCUACAUGACCAUGACAAGGCAGCAAACUCCUGUGCUUUCUUUCGUCCGUUCGGCAUGACAACCGUGGGGUACGACGGGGAGUUGCGCAGAAUAUUCCAUGGCAAGUAUCGGCGAGGACCCAAGUAAAGACCACCACUACGCAACUGCUCCUCAUCAAGACCAAGAAUUUUUGGAUGCCGGCCCAACUGGUGCCGUUGACCGAGAAACUGCGACCACUUCCACGUAUGGUUUUGGGCCGGAAGCGGACGUGCAGCCGGAUGAAAAUCAAAAUGGGGCUCUUUCUCUGUCUUCUGGAGCCACAGUUUCUUCGUUUCUGGCCUCGACUUCUGCCGGGGAACCCCAGUGUGCCGACAGUGCGUACACGUCCAACACAUGCGGCCCCCGCACGGACGAGUGUUUCUCGGUGUGCGGCGUCCCCCCGGACGGGGGCGGGCAACUGGACCGGUUUGCUGGGUGGUGCGAAGCCUGCGUGGGGACUGUUAAAAACCGCAAAGUGGCGGGGGCAUGUUGUCGCAGGGACGGCAAGGACACGUACGAUCCCGACGCGUGUCGCUACAGUGGGAUCACCUUCAAGCACACGAACUAUCACGAGUGCGUCGCAGUACCGGGCUGCUUGGCGGAAGCAGAAGUUGCGAUUUCCGGGCGCGUGACAAUUUCGUAUGGGCCAUCAGCAGGAUCGCAAGGUGCUCUCAAGUCACGAGCUUUUUGUGCGCAGGCACCGAACCAGCAGUGCCGGUACCUCACGGCGGCGCAAGAUUUCACGACUGCUACUUCAACCACGACUGGUACGGGGACCAGCAGUACCAGUUUCCUCCCUUCGUGCUUCAAGAGGAACGUCGGGAGGAAACCGGAUGCGGUAUCUGGCACAAAAAUAGCCUGGUGCCGACAGAAGUGCAAUGCUUUACCAGGGUGCAACUUUUUUUCAUACAACCACUCACCGUCCGUCGGCGGGUGCUUUCUUUUUGACGCCUGCCCUGACCGGUACGGCGCCCCUUACUUCGAUAGCUCCCCCUUCAAGACAUACGAAUGCACGCCCUAUCAGCGGUGCAAAGAUUGGGAAGAGUCCGGGACGCUGAUAUGCCCGUCCGGUCACAGGUACGACAGUUCCCGCGACGACGUGCGAUGCGCCGGCGAUAUCUGCACACAGGCCGCAGACGAGCACACGUGCUGCGUUCCUCUCUGCAACUGCGGCUCGGUUGUUGCUAAUGGGGUACGGACCUAUUAUCCCUGGAAACCCAGCAAAAACGCGAAUUCGCCCUGCACAGAAGCCAACCCGACGGAAGCGAAUUGCCGGGCCUUUUGCUGUCAAACCGGAUGCCAGGAGCCGGCUGAGGCGGACCAGGAGAAGUUCGCGAGCGGUCUAAUGCUGAACACCAUAGACUGGCCGGUGACGACGAUGAGUGUCGCACCGAGCGCGGCCUGGUCGCAGAACCUGGCUUGCCAUACCGACUACGUGCGCGACUCCACAAAAGACAACCAGAACGCGCGGUGCGACCCGGCCAAUAGUCCGCUGCAGUUGCAGGGAUGCAACCCCGCGGUGUGUGCGUGCUCUCACGGCCAGCCGGGAGGCUCUUGUCCGCAGUGGGCCACGCAGCGCUGCGAGCCGGGGUCCUGCGACACUGAUAGCUUCUACUUUUACCGCGGAAAUUACCCCACUGUCAACAAGCCGUCCUCGACGAGGUUCACGCAGUUCCGCCAGUCGUCCUGCUGGCCGAGAUGCACCCAAGCGGGGGUCUGCCAGAAGGUAAACGGCCGGCACUACCUUUUGAAAGACUCCACGGAGCCGUGGCACUCGGCGUCCACAGUACCUGCAAAUUUUCAAGACAUCUGCUGCCAUGCAGGCUGUACGAUUCCAGCUGCGGCCGCGCAAGACAGGUUUGUUUUGGACAGCAUCACCACCUAUUGAGUCGACGCACUGUGAGGAGACAUAGAUAUCUACUUCCAUUGUGAUCAAUGACACUUGUUCUAUCUGUUUUCGCGCGCAGUUGGUAAUAUAUAAUUCCUGAUGUGCAUUUUUCCUGUCACGCAGCUGCCAUCACCACGUUGAUGGAAAAAAGUGUCGGGAGAAGCAACUGUUUCUGCGUGAAGUGAAUUGCUCUCCCUUAUUCGAAUAGAACCUUGACUUUUUCUUGUAAUGUACUACUUAUUGCAGCUUCGCGUCGCAGAAUUGGGAGGUGGAAACGGCAACGAUGAUGCCGGGCGCGACCUGGAGCCGCAACUAUGAGUGUCACGUCGACUAUGAGCGGGACUCGACGUAUGACAACGCGAACGCCCGGUGCAAUCCGGCCACCAGCCUGGCGAUGGAGCUCCGCGGGUGCGUGAUGGCGCAGUGCGUCUGCCACCACGGCAGCGCGACGGCCGAGUCCGAGUGCUCCGUGUGGGGCACGGAGAUGUGCUUAGACACCAGCUGCGACACCGCGAAUUACUAUUUUUACCGUCCGAAUUUCCCCAUGACCACCCUGCCCGAGAGCACGCGCAAGACCAGCGCGUUUCAACAGGCGUCCUGCUGGCCCAAGUGUACCCAGGCAGGGGUCUGCGCCCAGCAUAACGACGUCUACUACAUUUUGCGGGACAGUGCGGAGUCCUGGGGCGCUACCAGGGACGCGCCGGCGGAUUUUCGUGACAUCUGCUGCCACACGGGGUGCAAGGUGCCCAGCGCGGAGGAUCAGGAAAAGUAGAACUGUGUUAAUUCGCUGCGACAGGAGAAUCUGCGUUUGCAUAAGAAACUCGAAUGCUCUCCUCGUAAAAAGGCCGUUCUGAUUGAUAUGUUCCGCGAUCCUCUUUCAACGAGACAGGACCGCACGCUGUCUUUGUCUUUUUUGUGACCGCGGCGAAACAUCACGCGGAACUGACCGAAAGUCAUUGACUUGUGUUGCAUGCUGAGUCAAUUAUUCAAGAGGAAUAGACUGAAAAAUCAAGAGGAACCAAAUGUGUUGCAUGCUAAAGACCAUCGGCGCUUUUGAUCAGGUCGUGGUUAUUCAUGGAUGAUUACUCAAAAAGCGACCCGCUCAUAUCAGGUUUGCCGCGCAAAAUUGGAACACAGAGACCUCUACGAUGCUGCCGGCAGACAGCUGGAGCCGAAACUAUGACUGUCAUGUGGACUUCGAGCGCGACUCUGCCGUGGAUCAUGCGAACGCGCAGUGCUGGAUAUGCAAUACAAAUCUAAUAUCGUAAUCGUGCGAAUUGAAAUUGCAUUGCAAAAUUUCAUUUGCUCUUGUUCUUUGAGAGGUUUAACCUUCAACGUGUACUGCCCGCAAGGCAUAGAAACGCGUCCCGUCAUGCAAUAAUCGCAUUUUUUACGAAUGCAAUGCUUGAGCUCCGGAUACCAACCAAGCGCCAGCGAGAGAAUGAAGCUCCGCGGCUGCGAAGUCGCACCCUGCGUCUGCUCUCACGGCUCGCACACAGCCGCCGUAAAUUGUCCAGCGUGGGGCAAAGAAAUGUGUGUAGCGAACAGCUGCGACGUAUGCAAGCAAGAAUCAAGGUGUGCGAUCUAGUUCCAAGGGUCAGUGCUAUUGCAGGGUAUGGGGACGGCGCAGAUGAGCAAAGCACGGUGACCACGACUCUAGGAGUCAUCUUCUCUUCGCAUCAAACAAUAGCGCGCAAUCUCACUUGCGCAGACAAUUGUCUCUCUGUGGAACUACGACAACACCAAUUGCGCUUUCAUACACCGAGGACAAUUUCUACUUCUUCCGGCCCAAUUGGCCGGUUGCCACGCCGCCGAGCGGAACGCGGUACCCGCCAUCUUUCCAGCAGGCGUCUUGCUGGCCCCGCUGCACCCAGAGUGGGGUUUGCCAGAAGCACGAGGGAGUUUACUACAUGCUUCGUGACAGCACCCAGCCGUGGGGUGCCUCGAAGCAGGUGCCGAGCAGCUUCAGGGACACGUGCUGCCACACCGGCUGCAAGGUGCCCACAGCCGCUGCGCAGAAGAAGUAUUUUUGGACAAGCUCGCUUCAUGAUAAGAAGAGAUGGUUCAACUGUUGCAUCAGGGACUUUGGCAAAGUACGGAGGUGGUGUAGAGAACGAAUGUAGACCGGAAGUAAGCAUCAAAGAAUUUUCAAAGCAGAAAGUUAAUUCUGUUCUUUUACAUGAUGGAGUUUGAAAAAAUCGAGCAUUAGGAAGGUUCAAUUUGCGCCGACACAUGAAACUAUGAUCAUUGCUUCACGGUGCCAGAAAUUCCCUCCAGGUUCGCCUCACAGGAUUGGGAGUUCCAGACUUCGACCAUGAUGCCGGCCCCUUCCUGGAGCCGCAACUACGACUGUCACGCAGACUACGAGCGGGACCCGGCCAAGGAGAGCUUGAACGCAAAGUGCGACCCGGGUUCGCAUUCCGAGAUGCAGCUGCAGGGCUGCGAGCUGUCGCAGUGCGUCUGCGAGCACGGGUCCCACGUCUCUAUGCCCGAGUGCCCGGUGUGGGGCACGCAGAUGUGUCGGAUCGGGUUUUGCGACGAGCAGAACUACUACUUCCACCGCGCCAACUACCCCGUCGUGGCACCCCCGGCCGGCACCCGGUACGACAACAGCUUUCAGCAGGCCUCCUGCUGGCCACGGUGCACGCAGACCGGCGUUUGCGCAGCCGAAAACGGACUGUUUUACAGUCUGAAGGACGCGUCUGAGCCCUGGCACUCCGUGGCCACCACGCCCGCGGAUUUCCGGUCGAUCUGCUGCUACACUGGCUGUCGGCAACUCGCCGCGGCGGAGAAAAAGCGGUUUGCGUUGACGGAGCAAGAGUGGGUCGCGAUCAUGAUUCACCCGGACAUGCGGGCAGGUGGUCCGGGAUACCAGUAUGGGUCCUGCGCGACUGAGUACGAGGGGAGUGUGACCCAAAACACCGGUCUCGCAACGUUCAUCUGCAAUUUGGCCGACACGCCGAUCGCCAUCGGAAACAGCUGCAACCACUGGAAGUGCAAGUGCACGGGUGGCUUGCGCAACCAGGACUUCUCCACCUGCCCGGGCUACAAUGUGGAAAAUUGCGGCAAGUGCUACAACGCCAAGUACAAGCCACGCGUGGUGGACUCGAUUGUUAGCCCCACAGGAAAAGAGACCCAGUGUUGGCGCUACUGCGAGGCGAUCACCUGCAGCGACUUUGACGACCCGGCUACAAGCACUUACUUCCGGCCGAGGCUGGAAAACUUAGGCUCUCCGCACGGGCUGAGUGGGAAGCGAGUGGAGUUUUGCUCGGACCGGACGGGCACGGACGCGAAUUGCCGGGAUUCCUGCUGCGUGCAGAGCUGCCGCAAACCCAGCUCCACGGUGGUGCAGAACAUUUUCACCGUCACGCCCUCGUGGGACGAGCUGGUGCAAUCUCCGGCCUUGUAUCCGGGGUACGACGCCUGGACCACCAGUAGCGAGUUGAGCUACACCGGACCCGUGACGACCACGUCGACCACCAGCACUACAAGUUACUGGAACAAAACGCAUUUAGUAUCCUGAAAAUUAUGCUGCGAGUCACAGAGGCAGAUUACAGGGGACUCGUUUAGGGCUCCUUUUUCGACUUAAAUAUCUUCAAAUAACUUUUCGCCAAAAUGAUCUUUGUCUUGCAGUCUGUAAGCUGUACUAGGAAAGCGAUGCGUUUGUGUGCCAUACCAGCACAAGCUCGACAACUUUCACCCAGACCACCUCAACGAGUACCACCUCAACCACUUCCACGACCACCACCACGACAACGUCCACGACUACUUAUCAGAGGAAAAUCAACAAAGAGGUCUUGAACAGAAGAAAACACCUAAGUAUUUCUCUGGUGGUCUAUGCGGCUCUCAUCCUGUUCAAACCAAGAAAAUCAAAAGUACUGCGUCGCCAUGGUUUUUCAGACAAUGACCACGUUUGUUUUGAUACUUGUCGGCAGUUUCACAACGCGCUAUCCCGAACUGUCGGAAGGCUAGUACGUGCGAGCGAGACAAAGUGCAGCACUGAUGCAUGCUCAAAAUGCGCAAUAAAAAGCUUAGACGUUUGAUGUUCCUGCAGGAAAGCAUUUUCCUCAUCUCCAUACACGUACAACCGUUACCACCUCGUAUCACGAGGAACUAAAGCUUGGGUCCCCCAACCUCCAGUUGAAAAAUACUCUGGGCGGAUAAAAGUUUCUUAGCACCAAAAUACCGAGUUUAAGUGCGCGGCAGGGUGAAAAGAAACGAACAGGUGUGGCUCGACGUGCAGUAUACAGGAAAUUUAUUUUUUGCAUUGCUCUUCAUCCUGAAUGUACAGGUACUCGCGCAGCACUCAUGGUGGAAGUGUAGUGCACAGUACUAAAAUCAUUAACCUUCGCGACAGCGGAGCACGUAAAAGAAGCAACAUCAGUUGGAGUACCCUGUGGGACUGGGUUUUUUUUCCGCCUGAUACAUCGACCACGACUACCACAACUACGGAGACCAUAAUGCGGGCUUUUGA